UAUGUAGUUCGUAUGUUUCUCUUUUUUAAUCAAAGUUAUUGUCGUAUGCUCGAGGAGAGCUUCUUCCGCGAUCGCACCGCUGAUUUUGUUAUGAUGUUCCUGUUUGGAGGUGGGCUAAUGGUUUUCUUUGGACUCUUCGUGAAUCUGCUUUUUCUCGGGCAAGCUUUCACAUUAAUGCUAGUUUAUGUAUGGUCACGCCGAAAUCCGUUUGUGCGUAUGAAUUUCUUUGGUGUGUUAAAUUUUCAGGCGCCUUACUUGCCAUGGGUAUUAAUGUGCUGUUCAAUGAUACUGGGCAACACUAUUUGGGUCGAUGUUGUUGGUAUGGGUGUAGGCCAUAUUUAUUAUUUCCUUGAAGAUGUUUUUCCGCUUCAAGCUAACGGCUAUAGAAUCCUCAAAACUCCGCAUUUUUUAAAAGUCUUAUUUAACGAGCACAUUGAUAAUAACAAUCCUCCGUGGGUUGGCGACCGUCCAGGUGGCUUCCAAUGGGGUGCUGAUGAAGGAGAAAACUUGGGCGCUCAAGCACCAAACGUUGGUGCAGGUGAUGGCAACGACGCUAAUUUGAGGCGGUAAAACUUUCUUGUUUUAUUUUUUUGGUUUUGUAAUUUGAUCACCCAUUGUACUGAAAAAAUUGCACAUUCAUUGCGAAAAUGCAUACGUAAGAAGGAAAUGGCUUAGCACUUAAAAAAAGUAUUGAAAUAGUAAGACGGCAAUAAAUAAACCAACUAAAGA